UUCCUUUCGCAGUCAACGUUCUUCCGAGAAUUUCCGAGGGAACCUCAGACAAGCAGAGGGGGAAGGGAUCCUGCCCAUGCCUGGGGAGACCGAAGGGCACCGCUCCCCGCGCCGCGCCGCGCACGCCGCCCGAGCCCGGAGUGCGGACACCCCAGGGAUGCCUGUGCCCCAGAGGACCCUCUCCCGCAGCCCCCGCGCCUCCCCGCGGCCUGCCCGGAGCAUGCUGCCUGCAGUCGUGAAGGGGUUCGGCCUGGCGCUGCUGGCCUUGCUGCUGUGCCCCGCGCCCGCUCAUGGCCUGUGGUGCCAGGACUGCACACUGACCACCAACUCCAGCCAUUGCACCCCGAAGCAGUGCCAGCCCUCGGACACCAUCUGUGCCAGCGUCCGCAUCACAGAUCCCAGCAGCAGCAGGAAGGAUCAUUCCGUGAACAAGAUGUGUGCGUCUUCCUGUGACUUCAUUAAGCGGCAUUUUUUCUCAGAAUAUCUGAUGAGAUUCAUUAACUCUGGGAUCUUAAAAGUCGACGUGGAAUGCUGUGAGAAGGAUUUGUGUAACCGGGCAGCCCUGGUGGGGCGCAGCCCUUGGGCCCUGGCUGGGGGACUCCUUCUCAGCCUGGGGCCUGCCCUCCUCUGGGCUGGGCCCUGAGGUCCCUUCCUCCUGCAGGGCUU